UGUUUUUUACAGGGAGGUGGAAGGUAAGACCUGUUCGAGCCAGCGCACACACAACAAGGACUUCUCAGACUGCAUCACAGAGAGUAUACUCCCUCAGUAUACUGAAGACUGCAAACAUGUUUGGGGUCAAACUCAGGACUAACUGUUUAAUCAGGAUUAUGUUAACCUAACAGUUAAGUUCCCACAGAGAAAAUGAUUAAAUUACAUUAUAAAUAUUCUACUACAAUUAGGAUGGUAAAUAUUAAAAUCUCUAAGCCUGUAAAUGGACUGUGCAAAUCUAAUGACUAAACCUGGAUUAAUCCAGACCUCAUUGCAUGGUUUUAUGACCUUAUUCAAAAAUGUAAACUAAUCUUAGUUUAGGAAACAUUAUUGCUGUGUGACUUUGGCACAGUUGCAGCAGUUACACAUGGCAACGCCCACCUCAACAAUUUGAGUUUGACUUGGACUUCCUACUGAUUGCAGAAUUACUUUCCAGCUAAGAGAGGGUAUAAAAACUUUUUUUUUUUUUUUUUUUUUUUUAAAUCUAUUUAAAUUUUUGAUUCAGUAACAUUGAAAUAAUGUUUGUUUUUGAUGGUGCCUUUUGUUUUUAAUAAAGGAGGAGAGGAGGAGACAACUGAAGGGGAUCAGGAGGUAGAGGAGGCCGAGCACCCCGAGGAGGCAGAGCAGGAAGCCCCUGAGGAAGAAGAGACCGCUGCUGAUGAGGAAGAAGAGGAGGUCAAUGAGGAAAACGAUGGUGAUGCCGAGGAUGGAGACGGCGAAGAAACAAAACCAAAACACAAACCAUUUAUCAUGCCCAACCUGAUCCCUCCGAAGAUCCCUGAUGGUGAGAAAGUGGAUUUUGAUGACAUCCACCGCAAACGAAUGGAGAAGGAUCUGAUGGAGCUCCAGACUUUAAUUGAGGUCCAUUUUGAAGGCAGAAAGAAAGAAGAGGAAGAGAUCAUUCAGCUCAAAGAAAGAAUUGACAAAAGACGGUCAGAGCGGGCAGAGCAGCAAAGAAUUCGCAAUGAGAGAGAAAAAGAGCGACAAAAACGACUUGAGGAUGAGAGAACUCGUAAAGAAGAGGAGGAAGCUAAGAAGAGAGCAGAAGAUGAUGCUAAGAAGAAGAAGACCCUGACCAGUCUACACUUUGGAGGAUACAUGCAGAAAUUGACAGAGAAACGCAGUGGCAAGAGGCAGACCGAGAGAGAGAAGAAAAAGAAAAUACUCAGUGACAGACGUAAACCUUUAGACAUUGAACACCUGAGUGAGGACAGACUCAAAGAAAAAGCUAAGGAGCUGUGGGAGUGGAUGUUUCAACUGGAGGCAGAGAAGUUUGAUCUGCAGUAUCAGUUUUCCAGACAGAAAUAUGAGAUAAAUGUGCUGAGGAACCGGGUCAGUGACCACCAGAAAACUUCCAAGAGGACCAAGAGGGGCUUGAGGAAAUAGAGAACCGGACUGGAUUAGCAACUUCACAAAAACAUUUGCAGAAAGAUGUACAAUGCUGUACAAAGUUGUGCUCAUAGGAAAGCAAAAAUUAUGGAAAACAUUUACCCAGUAGUCAGUGCCAGAAUUAAAACUUUUCACACUUUUAUUUUUGCAGUUCUUUGCAUUACUAUACAUAUUGUUCAUAUUAUGUAAUAAUAAAGAAUUUCUUAUAUUGAA